AAGUCGGAAAAGAAGAUCAGACGCAAGCGCAGUGUCGGCGAUCUGGCCCUGCACCUCAUGAACGGGGCAAGGAGGGACAAUCUCAAGGACGCGGGCCUCCAGUCUCUAGUCCGGCUUUGCGGCAAGAGCUUGCUGUAUUUACCCUCGGAAUAUUCCCCCGGCUCUCUUGUCCUUCCCACCUGCUUCCGCGCAACUGCUCAGUACCUCGUCCAGCACGGCGCGGAGACACGAGGUGUGUUUCGGAUACCUGGGUCAAUCCGCGUCGUCAACGCUCUCUACAACCAUUACUGCGCCGAUGGAGAUGCGGACGAGAUCGCGAGCACCAUCUGCUGCCCAAACCUUCCCUCGCACAUCAAGGUCGGGACUCAUGAUGUUGCCUCCACGUUCAAGCGCCUCCUCUCAGGCCUGCCCGGCGGCAUCUUGGGCUCCCUGCCUCUGUUCGAUGCGCUUGUCGCGAUCCACAGUCAGCUAGACGGAGAAGCGGAGCUUACCAGGACGAAGCAGACCAAGGUCAGGGCGAGACUCAUCGCUCUGGCCAUAGGCGCCGUCAGGUCUCAGCUUCGCCGCGACUUGAUAUGUGCUGUCUUUGGUUUGCUAUGCCUGAUCGGACGCGCGGCUGAAAAGGCACCACGGGAGGAUGAGCAUGGAAGGCCGCUGCCCACAUCUGCCCUGAUGGGUUACAACGCGCUGGGGAUCGUAUUUGGUCCGCUCCUGAUCGGUGAUCUUCUCACUUCAUACACGAUGAAGUCUGCCGGCCCCAGCUGCGGCUUGGCAUCUUCCCCGGCUACACCUACCAGUGCGAGGAAGGAGAGGCGGAAAUCCAAGGUUCCGGAAGACACUCAGCCACCCGGCCGGGUGGUCGACAAGAUCCACGUGGCGAAUAGCAUUGCGGAGAUGCUCAUAAUAAACUGGCGGGAGGUCGUUAGACAUAUGAAGAGCCUCGGGCUGCGGAGGGCAGGUCAAGACGGAUACCACCUGCGAGCUGGGAUGGGACCAUCUGCGUCGGAGGCGUUCGCGAUGGGAAGACCGCACUCUGCUUCCGGUUCGUUUGCCGGCGUGUCACCAGCACCUUCAAGUCCUACUCCAGACCCAGGUAAGUUUCUCCGCGGAUGGAGGUCCCGCCAACGCUAA